AUGGGAAAACAUGUCAGCCCCAAAUCAUUAGGGACUUCCUUCUGCAAUCUGCUUGUCUUGUUAGCUCUACUCUUACAAACUUGUUCAAAUCUUGCUAAGGCUGGUUCAAUAGUUAGCUCUCUUCCGGGUUUUGAAGGACCUCUGCCAUUUGAGCUAGAAACAGGGUACAUUGGGGUAGGUGAAUCAGAGGAUGUGCAAUUAUUCUACUACUUCGUCAAGUCAGAAUCCAAUCCGGAAACCGACCCGCUUAUACUUUGGUUAACUGGAGGCCCUGGGUGCAGUUCAUUUUCUGGGCUAGUUUUUGAGAUUGGACCAAUAAAGUUUGAACCUUUCCUCUAUGAUGGGAGUUUGCCCAAGUUGAUACUAAAUUCAUAUUCUUGGACAAAGGUUGCAAGCAUUAUAUUUGUGGAUCAGCCGGUGGGAACUGGAUUCUCUUAUGCCAAGACUGCCAGAGCUUCUCUGUCUACUACAUUAAAAGAUUCUAAUCAACUCUAUGAAUUCCUAAAGAAGUGGCUACUUGAUCACCGCGAAUUCAUUGCAAAUCCAUUCUAUGUUGCUGGAGACUCUUAUGGAGGCGUUAUGGUUCCAAUAGUUUCUCAACUUAUAUCAAAUGGAAAUGAGGUUGAAGCUGAACCAAUAAUUAAUCUGAAGGGUUAUAUGGUUGGAAAUCCAGGAACAACUCAAGGUGAUGGAAACUAUGUAGUCCCUCAUGCUCAUGGAUUGGGGCUAAUUUCGAAUGAACUCUACCAGUCCUUGAAGGAUAGUUGCAAAGGGGAAUAUCAAAGAAUAGAUCCCAGAAAUGCACUCUGCUUACAACAUAUGCAAACAUACAAUCAGUUGCUUAGUGGUAUUAAUUAUCCACAAAUCCUGGAGAGAAAUUGUCCUGCUUUUUGGGCUGGACCAACCAAAAAGUUUGGCGAGGAAAGAUCCACUAUUGAAAUUUAUUCACAGAAGAUCCAAGAACUCGGAUUUCAGGAACGUGCUCCAAUUACAUGUCGCAUGGAAGGUUAUAAGUUAGCAUAUCACUGGUCUAACGACAAAAAUGUCCAGGAGGCUCUCCAUGUACGCGAGGGAAGCAUUGGUGAGUGGGAACGAUGCAACCGCAGUUUGUCAUUUAUGGGUGAUGUGGAAAGUGUAGUACCAUAUCAUGCUAACCUUAGCAUUAAAGGUUACCGAUCCCUUGUAUACAGUGGCGACCAUGAUAUGAUCAUACCUUAUUUGGCAACGCAAGCCUGGAUAAAAUCUCUGAAUUACCAAAUCAUUGAUGAUUGGAGACAAUGGAUUGUUGAGGACCAAGUCGCCGGUUAUACAAGAACUUACGCCAAUAAGAUGACGUUCGCAACAGUUAAGGCGAGGAUUCCAUCCUUUUUUUCUGUAGUUUCCACUCUUAAUAUCAUUGUAAUAGAAGUUGAAAAUACAAUGAUUAAUAAUGCAACAGGGAGCUGGUCAUACUGCGCCGGAGUACAAGCGCAAAGAAUGUCUAGACAUGAUCAAAAGGUGGAUAUCUUAUGA